AUGAGAAUUCCCAAAGUCACCUCGCUCCUCGCCCUCAUAUCCCUGCCAAUAUGUGCUUCUCACUUCAUUGUUCUAACACCGCCACCCCUUGGAAACAACAUUAAUAAUGAAGACCAAUCGCCCUGCGGCGGCUUCAGUCCAUCCAGCUCCGACAAUAUAACAGAUUUCCACGUCGAAGGUGACGCCGUCGGCCUCACAACCCUUCAUGCACAACCAUAUUUUGCUUACCGUGCCUUGUUGGGCACAUCUCUGACCGCACCCAACUGGACUGUCCUACUCCCAACCGUCGAAGAAUUCGGUUUGAACAGUUUCUGCGAGCCUGCCCUCACAAUACCGGCUUCUUGGGCAGGAUCCCCCGGGUUGCUCCAAAUCAUCCAGGAUGCAGAGGACGGCAUGCAUUACCAGUGCAUGCACGUGAACUUUGUCUCAGGAAUGGGCACACCCUCAUCUGCAUGUAGCAAUUCAUCGGGUGUUUCUGCACAAUAUGCAGACGAUCCAGCAUUUGACACCAUCGAAGGUGGUGGAAGCUCUGCGUCCUCAACCCCGUCUGCAACACAAUCUUCUACUUCCUCAACCCAAACAACAUCGACAUCCACAUCAUCGGCUCCGGCUUCCCCAUCUACCUCAAAAUCUGCUGCUCCUCCAACGAUCAGGCUUAGUAUUGGAGAGGCUGGACUCCUGGUUGGAUUUCUGGCUGCGCUGUUGGUUGCUUAA